AUGCAGACAAAAAACAAAAAAACUCCCCUCCGAAUGACCUUCGCUUCCCGCUUAUUACUCGUUUUUUCAUUUCCGACGCAUGUAAGCGAAAAUACCUCCUGUCCGUCAUUAUCAGUUCUGCAAUACUCCCAACAGCCACCUCCGUUGCUUCUGCCACCUGCAAUCUCGACUGUUCCUUCUCUUGACCAAAUCUCUCUUGUUCUCCAUCAUUUCCCCUCUUUCACCAUAUAUGUUAUUUUCUUUUUUUUCUCCAAGUUUGAAUUCUUCUCUCACUUUUUCUUUACCUUCUCUUGGGAUCUUAUUGCUUUCUUUCCUCCACUUUCCUUUUCCCAUUUGAAUUUUUCUCUUACUUUUUCUACCUCCUCUCGAGCUGUUAUUACAUUUUUCCUUUCCUUUUCUCUGUCUGAAUUCUUCUUUCAAUUCCGUUUCUUCUGCCACCUGAAAUCUCGACUGUUCAUUCCCUUGACCAAAUCUCCCUUGUUCUCCAUUAUUUCUCCUCUUUCUUUUUAUACGUUACUCUUCUUUCUUUCUCCCAAUUUCAAUUCUUCUCUCACUUUUUCCUUUCCUUUCCUUCUUCCAAUUUGA